UCAUCUUAUCAUUGCUUUGUAGUCAAAAAGAUAUACUUGACUUUUGUGAUUUCAAGAAAAUAUUAUUUAAUACAGUAUUUUAUAUCAUUAGUUUUGGUAUAAUUGUUUAUUCAUAUUGAAGGACUGUUAUGUAAGCGUAGAUUUGCUUUAUUUAGAGGUCUGUGCCAUCUAUAUUGCCGGGAAUUGUAUAUUAUUCACCAGUUAAGUGAAUGUAUAUGUCUAUAUAUAUUCCGGAACUCAUCCUGUUGAAUUUCAGUCAAUGUCUAUUGUAGAGUUCUAGUGGAAGAAGUAAUCGCCCAUCUGUAUUCUUGAAAAAUUCAAUAUAUAAUUUGUGAACUAACUAUUAAAUAGAUUAGCAAUUAUACUACUUGACUCCGGUGAACAUAUUGGAAUUUGUAUUUAAGGAAAGAUUUUUGAAUAAUUUUCUAGACGUUAGAAGUGUUAUGCUUGUUCUGACAAGCUUUUUAAUUACAGAUAUCAUUCAAACAGCAUGAAAGACGUUUAUUGGAUCGGAGUGUGCAUUCUUAUAUAUUCAAUGAGAUGUUUUGUUAAUUCCUGGUAAUAAACAAAUGUACGUUCAAAAGCCUCGUUUGUUAAAAUUCUCGUAAAUGUUGUUACAUAUCGUCUUCUCCGAAAUUAUUUUUGACAUCUUCAGAAAGUAGAAGCUGGCUAAUUCAUCAGAAAAUAAUGAAGAAUUUUUUACCAUCGUGUAGACAAGUAGUAUAAACAAAAAGUUCAUGUUCACCCAUCAGAAUGCAAAUUAGUCGAUUAUCUCGAAACAAUGCUUGCUGUGUCGUGAUACUUUCUUCUUUAUCUCUACGUCUUUGUAUUUUGUGAAAAAUAUCGAUGCAUUGAUGCUGACACAGAAUAAGAUUUUACAAAUUGAUCAGUAUUUGUCAAAACUUCAAGUAUUCGAUUCUGCAGGUUCACUAUUUUUAUUCUUUAAUGACCCUCUGUGAUUAAUCCAUCAUACUCGCAUCAAGUCAGUGAUUGCACAGUAACAACAAGUCGUGUCUGAUGUUUAUUCCAUGCUGUUGACGCCGGAUUGUUGUACAGUUUAUCAAAUCGUUAUAGAAGUGUUUUUGAUAUUAGAUAUAGAUUUAAUUAACCAAUACAUCGUAGUUUAUAAGAUGAGUUUAGCAGUCAAACUCAUGCAGGUAUAUUGCACAUGAAAUAUUCCCACUUCAAUAAUCCUUGACGGAAUAUAAAAAUAUUGGAAGCCUUAGAAAAACUAUUACGAACGCCGCCAAGAUAUAACUCAGAUACUGUAAUCAUAUUGCACCGGAGAGUGUUUCGUCAUUGUUUGAUGAUGAUUCCGCUAUUUUGAUACAAUUGGAAAAAUUUAAUUUCGCCAUUCAAUUAGUGCCUGCAGAAUGAACCGUGUUCUGUUUGAUCCAUAGGUGAAUGUUUGCAGUCUUAUGUCAACAAAUACGUGUGAUCGGGUGAUUACGUUACUCUAUUUAUUGGUUUAUAAAAUCAGGAAAAUAUUUAUCAUUAUGACAAUAAAUAACUUUCUACAGUUGAAGGAAUAUUGGAUUUGUAAUUCCUCUGGCUUCAUAGGAACACUACAAACUAUGUGAGCUUCUUGAACAAAUGAUCAAAAUGGGUGUUACAACAAUGACAGAUUAUUGGUUUUCGUUACUUUGUAUGUGGCUGUUAAUUUUUAAAGGAUGUAUAGCACCGGUAUCAAUUCAUCAACUAGCACAAAGGCCAAUUACUACCUCCAAAGGAAAGAUAAGAGGGGUGUUAGUUGAAUUCCCAAGAGAAUCUCAACUCCGCACAGUUGAAGGAUAUUUUGGAAUACCUUUUGCCUCUGGGUCAUUAAGAUUUAUGCCUCCGUCUGAGGUUAUCAUGCAUUCGAAAUUUGUUAAAGAAGCAAAUGAUUCUUUAGCAUGCCCUCAAACUAAAUGGCGAGACAGAUUAUUUUCUGGAAGUGACAAACCGAAAGGUUCCCAAAUCCACUUUUAUCGGAUAAUGCAAUCAACAAACCGACAACACGAAUCUUGUCUCGUUUUGAAUAUUUUCGUACCUCCUAGGGAUUGGAACAACACGUCAAAGCUUCCUGUCAUGGUUUUUGUACAUGGCGAAUCAUAUGAGAUCGGAACCGGAAAUGCAUAUGAAGGGAGUGUACUCGCUAGUUAUGGAGAAGUUAUAGUUGUUACUGUUAAUUAUAGAUUGGGUGUCUUAGGUUUUCUGAGUACUGGUGACAAUGAAGCCAGUGGAAACUAUGCAUUAUGGGAUUUGUUUGCAGUAUUGUCAUGGAUACAUGAUAACAUAGGUGCCUUUGGUGGAGAUACUAACCGAGUGACAUUAUUUGGACAUGGUUACGGUGCAGCAUUGGUCAAUAUUUUAUUAUUAUCACCAAUGGUAUCAACUCGACUUAUUCAGCGUGCCAUUUUACAGAGUGGUUCAGCUCUCAGUCCGUGGGCAGUAUCAUUUGACGCUGUAACAUGUACUCAGUGGUUAGCUGUAAAUGUUAAUUGUUCUCAAUAUUUAAGUGAUUCAGAACUACUUGUUAAAUGUUUGCGCAAUAAAACAGCUACUGAACUAGUAGAACACGUGCCUUUACCUCCCAAAUAUUAUUCCUGUUUUGCACCAACACCCGGUGGUGGACAAAUGUUUCCGGAUAAUAUAAGAGAACUUUUAAAAAGAAGAGACACAGUAUUUUCUCAAAUCCCUGUUAUGUUUGGUGUAACUAGAAAUGAAGCUUACUCAUAUCUGAAGCAACGGGAACUUGAAGAAGGAAUCACAAAGGAAAGAAAGGCUCAGAUAAUUCGAACAUUUGUUCACAAUUUGUAUAAAUUCCACAGACAGAAGUUAUAUGAAAUCAUUGACUUUCAGUACACUGAGUGGAAUAAAGAACAAGAUAGGAACACUACUCGUGAUAAUGUGAUGGACAUGUUAAGUGACGGUUUGUAUGUCGCUCCUGUGGUAGAAAUGGCACACGAACAUGCAAAGCGGGGUGCUGGUACAUACUUUUAUAACUUUGGAUAUUCAACACAAUCCGAAAAUUUUCCUCAGUGGUCUAGUGGUGUUCAUGGCGACGAAUUACCGUAUGUAUUCGGAGCUCCUCUUGUUGAUGGUAUUUCGCCAUUUCCCAGUCGUUAUACGAAAAACGAAAAGAAAUUAAGUGCAGCUGUAAUGCGAUUCUGGACAAAUUUCGCAAAAUCCGGGGAUCCGAACGUGCCGUUAAAGGAUACAGAACAGGACAAAUUUUCGGACGUGUAUUGGCCGAAGUAUGACAUGGCUAAACAACGAUAUUUUCAUAUAGAGACUAAUCCAUGCUAUGGGGAGAUAGGUGAAGAAACAUGUUGGGAUACUUUGGGUAAACGUCCACAGAUAAAACAUCACUACAGAGGAUCAGAACUGGCUUUGUGGUUGAAUUUAAUACCACAAAUAAACAAGAAGCAAGAUCCCAAUACGGGUAUCAAACCGGAGGCGUCUCAACACGAACUUCUCGACUGGAAAAACAUAUCUACGUUUGACGAUCCAGACGGACUAGUAUCUAAAUUCACUCGUUUAUUUCCAUUACCGCCUCCGACUCCACCGGUCACGCGGCUACUCAAUGAUGUCCACGUGACUAAUCAUCCGGCGUUUGAUGGAAUGGACCGCAAUUACCAUAGAUCAACACCGAGGCAAACAUCACAGGAAGAAAUUACAGAUCCACCGAAAGACAUUUCUACAAACGAGAACACUGCGAUUGCUGGAGAAAGAACACAAGAAUCUUUAGCAACAACUUCCGUCCCACUAAGUAUCACUGUAGCAAUAGGCUGUUCUUUAUUAUUCAUUAAUAUUUUAAUAUAUGCCGCAGUUUAUUAUCAAAGAGAAAGAAUAAAGAAAAUAAAACAAGGUGAAGCAGCUAACGCUAGUAGGAAUUCACAAAGUAGGGGGAAUAGCAACGAACCAGACGGCGACGAAAUUACAACUGUUCCGGUUAAUCAUUUAUCUGGAUCACUUUCGAAUUCUAAACCAGAUAUUCAAAACAAUCCUGUAUAUUCUGUUAUAUCGAAACAGUCAGACACGGCUGAUAAAUAUAGUUACACACCAGUGCCAACAAACACUAAUUCUCCUAUGCAUCGAACGCGAGUACCUCACUCGCAGACAAACUCAAUUGCUAGUUCGAGUAAAAGUGGCAAUUCUUUAAAUCAUAUUUCUGGCAAACCACCGGAACGUUCACUACAUGGCAGUGAUCGAAGUGUUAAUAAACAUAAUCAAACUUCUGGUUCUGGUUCAAAUAAUGCAAUAACGAUAGUAUAGUGAAUGUAGGUAGUUACUUUGUAUAAAGUGUGUGUACAUUUAAUGAUGAACUUUUUUGUAAAUAUUUCAUUUUUACCAUUGUGUACAUGGCGACAAAUGGAUUAGUAUGUAUGUGUGCUAUAUGUGUUGAUAUCAUUCCUUUACAUAUCCGGUUUGAACUGAUUUCAUAUCAUUCUUAAUGAGACGAUUAUUUAAUAAAAACUUUUGAAAACUA